AUGACAGCAGUCGUCUUUAGUCCUAGCAAGAAUGUCAUGAAUGUGGAUGAGGUCCAAAGAAAGGGCUAUGCAAUAGCCAACACUCUCACAUGGCUGGUGUUAAGAAGCCCUCAUAAUGCAGAGGAGACAUACCUCCAGAAUGUAGCUGGGGUUCCGAUGCGUGUGCUCUCAACCUUCUUUGAGCAGAAGUGGCUGGAGAAGGGCGGAACAAGGUGUCACACCCUUCACUCUUCAGCUGAUCUAUGGCCUGGUCAUCUUUCCAGAGUAUGCUCCUUUCUCUCACUCUGCCGUUGUGGACGCUGUACUGCUGGACAUUGUGUCAGCUCAGUCACUGCCAUCUGUGAUCAGGAGAACUUCCACAUCACUGUGGACUACAGGAACCAAGAGCCCUUUUUCGUGGUCUUGGUUGGCAAGCGGCUGCUUAACCAUGAGCUUGCUCAACCGUAUUUAACAGAGGGUGAUGCAGACUUCACCAUCACCAGCCCUUCGACGGACGCAGUGUUUGCGUCGGUUCACUCGUCCUCUGUCAGGAGCAGACUGGAUGUGGCUCUGUUGAAUCCUUACAACAUGACCAUCAAAUACUUUUCCCUGGCUUGCAGCUUCCUCAAGACGCUGACUGAGUGUUUCUCUAACGGAACGAUGACUGCGCUGGCGAUGAAGGUGGAGUCUGCUCCCGGUCUGAACCCCGGUCAGCUGACCCUGAGCGACCCCUCCUGUGGUCCCACCUACAGCGACGAUCGCUUCGCCUACUUCCACUUCACUGUGUACCCCUGUGGCACCACCAGGAAGGCUGUAAUAAGCAAUUCCCCUCUACUACGUCGUUUAUCAACAAAGUCAUGCUGUAUGAGAACGAAAUCUCCUUGCCAGAUGAACUUGAGGUGAAGCUGAAUGCCACAACGUCUUCAGAGGAGGAAUAUUAGUAAAGGUUUCCUGCUACUACGGCCAACAUAACUCGCACAUUGGCCUUCCUGACCAGGCCGCGUGACAACUAGCUUUUUUACGAGACUGGGAUGGGUCGCCUAAUGGUCAGAAUGAGACUCGCUCAGGACGCCUUGUAUAACACGUUCCACCAGGAGGUGAGGUACCUGAGACAGCCUCUGCACUUUGAGUUGGAGCUGACCACGUCCUCUGACCCAAGGUAGCGCUGGUGCUUGACCACUGCUGGGCCACCCUCAACGAGGACUGCGACUCCCGACCCUGGUGGAAUCAUUAAUGGGUGGUGAGGCCUCCUCGUUUACAUCAAGCAGUCAUCAAGAAGAUGUUGACCUUGAUCUAUGUAUUUAACAUUGGAAAGAGGACUUAGUUUAUUUAGAUACUAGGCAUAGCUCAUUCUAAUAGGCUAUACUGUAUCUACUGCUGUACAUAUCAUUCUUAGUAUGUCUGGUGUAUACACCUGUAAUAGGCUAUACUGUAUCUACUGCUGUACAUAUCAUUCUGCUAUCAGUCUGGUGUAUACACCUGUAAUAGGCUAUACUGUAUCUACUGCUGUACAUAUCAUUCUUAGUAUGUCUGGUGUAUACACCUGUAAUAGGCUAUACUGUAUCUACUGCUGUACAUAUCAUUCUUAGUAUGUCUGGUGUAUACACCUGUAAUAGGCUAUACUGUAUCUACUGCUGUACAUAUCAUUCUGCUAUCAGUCUGGUGUAUACACCUGUAAUAGGCUAUACUGUAUCUACUGCUGUACAUAUCAUUCUGCUAUCAGUCUGGUGUAUACACCUGUAAUAGGCUAUACUGUAUCUACUGCUGUACAUAUCAUUCUGCUAUCAGUCUGGUGUAUACACCUGUAAUAGGCUAUACUGUAUCUACUGCUGUACAUAUCAUUCUGCUAUCAGUCUGGUGUAUACACCUGUAAUAGGCUAUACUGUAUCUACUGCUGUACAUAUCAUUCUGCUAUCAGUCUGGUGUAUACACCUGUAAUAGGCUAUACUGUAUCUACUGCUGUACAUAUCAUUCUGCUAUCAGUCUGGUGUAUACACCUGUAAUAGGCUAUACUGUAUCUACUGCUGUACAUAUCAUUCUGCUAUCAGUCUGGUGUAUACACCUGUAAUAGGCUAUACUGUAUACUGCUGUACAUAUCAUUCUGCUAUCAGUCUGGUGUGUAUACACCUGUAGAUUGCAUUUGGAUUACAGUGCUAAUUGAGUUCUGCAUUUCUUGAAUUUGUUUAUAUAUUUUUUUCUUGUUUUAUUAUUUGUAAAGUGUACUUUCACAUUGAGCUGCACUGUUCGUACCCACUGGGCACACACUGGUUGACUCAUUGUUGUUUCCAUGCAAAUUCAGUGAAAUUACGUUUCAACCAACGUGGAAUGGACGUUGAACAGUGUCCAGUGGCUAAUAACAUUAAGCAUUUCGCUGCACCCGACAUCUAUUUUUAAAGAUGAAACUAGCAGGAACACACUGAUCAAUACAUUUGUUUCUGAUCAACA